AUGGGAGCUUGUGAUCGUGUUGGAUAUCUCAAUCGUAUCAAGGGAUGUCAAAGCAAUUCAAAUUGCAAAACAUGUAACUGUUGUGUUUGGAAUGCUUGGCGAGCUUGUCAAGGAAAUAGUGCAUGUUCACAAGAUACAAAGAAUGAUUGUACAACAACACUGAAUGCUGCUGUCGCAAAUCCAAGAUGUAAAAAUUCUUGUGCACCAUCUUGCUAA